GAUCAUGCUUGCGUAUUUUUGUUAUCAUCUUUACCCUUAUUUAUAGUGAUGGCUAGGCAAAACGUAUUUGUACGUACAAUAGGAGGCGCGGCAAGAAAAUUCAGGGCUAUCCAAGAAGUCUGGAUUCUUCCCUGGUGGGGCAGUGGGGGGUGGGCGAAUGUUCCCCUCUGGACGCUAGAUUGUGUUGUGUUGGUUGUGAAGUUGUGUUCCACUUGUGCCGUGGCCGCGUUCCAUUUUAUUAUCCCGCCAGUCAUGAAAUCCAUGUAUGGGGAGACUGUUCUGAUAACAGGCGCCGGGCGCGGGCUAGGCCGCGAGCUGGCGCUGCAGCUGGCAGGGCUGGGCGCCUCCGUGGUGUGCUGGGACCGCGACGAGCCGAGGAACCAGGCCGUCGUCACCGAGAUACGGAGCAGGGACGGCGAGGCAUACGGCUACACGGUAGACGUGUCAUCGCGCGAGCAAGUAGAACUCAUAGCUGGCUCCAUGCGGCGGCUACAAACAGACGUGUCUAUGGUCAUCUGCACCGCGGAGGAGCAGACGUAUGCACCCUUCCUGCAACUCAAGCCGGAGGAGGCGUUGAGGGUUGUUGAGGUCAACUUGCUGGCGCAUUUUUGGAUAAUCCGUGCAUUCCUCCCGCACAUGAUCGCGCGGCGCCACGGGCACCUGGUCGCCGUGAAUGCUGACGCCGCGCCGCACUGCGCCGCCAUGUAUGGACUCAGAGGCCUAAUGGACUCGAUAUCCGAGGAGCUCCGCCUAGACACGUGGACCAAGAGCAUACGCACGACGUCGGUGUACCUGGGGUCGGUGACCCCGCACCAGGCGCCGCCGCACCGCUUCACGGGGUGCUACCAGGAUGUCAGCACGGAAGAGGCGGCUAGGAUUAUUAUUGAUGGCAUACGGAAGAACAAAAGAAAUAUCAGCAUACCAUCAUUCAUGAGGUGGCUUAUUCAACUCAGCAACAUUCUGCCAUAUAGGAUAAGGAUCAUUUUCAUGGAUUUCUUCACGUUUAGCCACAGAGGGUGGUUUUGUUUCUGCUAAUCUGAGCCAUAGAAUGAAAACUUGCCCUAGUUUAUUGAUAAAAUAUUUUAUUUUUUAUAUUCAUUUCUUAAUGGAGUUACUUAUAUACUUAGAUGAAUACUGUCUAACUUAUGAGUCAUUUACACAAAUUAUAAUAUACUUACUUAGAUAAAUGUUUAAAUAAAUAAAUGUUCUAGAUAUUAU